CCUGCGAAAAAAUAAUACUAGGGAUUGAAUUUCUACAGUUCGUGAGACUCACAGACAGUGGAAAUGGCAGCAGCUUUGUCUCGAGCCCUCAAAUUGCCUGGUAAAAAGAACUCAGAGCUGGGAGAGUAUGACCCCCUGACACAGGCAGACAGUGAAGACGAGAGCGAGGAAGAUGACCUUGUUCUCAACUAUCCGCGUAACGGGCUCGGCAGGAGCAACUGCAUGGGGGCAGGGAUAACGGACCUGCGCGGCGGCAGGGCAGGGAGGCUAGUGGACGACGAGGAUGAGGUGGAGGAAGAGGAGGAGGAAUGGAGAGAGAGACAUCCAAGUAAAAACAGACAGGAGAGGGACGAGCUGAAGACUAGGCAGUACUGGAGUCAGAGGGACAGCGGCAGAGAUGGGGUCAGCGAGGACGGAGGGGGUCAGGGGUCCGCUGGCGGUGCCGGGCUGGGUCUGGGUUCAGGCUCAGAUCCCGAGGAGAAGAGGGCCAGAGUAAGAGGGGCGAUCCGCACCGCCUUCUUCCUGGUGCCACUCUUCUGUGCUGUGCUGCUGGUUCUCCUGUGUGCGUUUCUCUUACCCUGCAAACAGGGAGAGCUGGACGAGAGACCGCAAUGGGAGAGAGAGCUGGGGGAAGUGAAAGGUGUCAGCUUGCCUUCUUUGGCGUUGUGGGACGUAGACAAUGACACGAUAGAAGAUGUUCUAGUAGGAGUCACCCAGCAUACCAACGACAGCACACUUGCGGGUGAACUGGGGUACAGCAAAGAGCACACGGAUCUAGAGCACAGUGUUGUGGCGAUUUCUGCAGUCACCGGAGAACGGCUGUGGACGACGGUCAUGAAUGACUCGGUGAGGUCCAUACAGUGCGGGCUGCAGCCUCAACCUCGCCCAGCAGCACCCCGCCUCCGAGCCACCUUGCAGGGCUCAGUGGGUCGGCUGGGGGCAUCACCUACGGGAAGGAGCCGCGGGUCUGUGUGCCUGGUCAUGGGAUCGUGUGAUCUCAAGGCAGUCAACAGCGCUACUGGAAAGAUACUAUGGUCGGUAUCACCAGGAAAAAUUGUGUCCCAGGCAGUGUCAGUACCAGACCUCAAUGGAGACUCAGUUCCCGACUUCCUGAUUGCUACUCUGCCUGCUGAUGAGGCCUCAGAUCUUUCUCUUGUCCUGCUCUCAGGAGUUCGUGGUACUCGGAUUGGACAGCCUGUCCCCUUUAACCUCACAACACAGGGCAAGGUGAUUGGCCCUGAGCUGCAUGUGACCGGGCAGGGGGCAUACUACAUUCUGUUUGGACUGGGCACUGUGGAGGCAGUCUCUCUCAAGGACAUUUACAGUCAGGCAACUGGCAAGGUGCCCAUCUCGUCCAUGCUAAAAGUAAAUGACGCCAGCUGGGAAAAGCUUAGGAAAACAAACUCCUCCUCUCUCAUACAUAUCUCCAGUGAGCAAGUGAAGUUUUUGCUUCCUCUGGUGGCUGGCUUGUGCAGCAAUCACAACAACUUUGACUCCAUCUCCAACGCGAACCUCAGCCGCAGCGACUGGGUGUUGGUGUGUGGGUCUAGCAAGCUGUCGGUGGUGAGAGAAAGAGAUGUGCGCACUCAGUGGACCGUGAGCUCUGCUGCCAUACAUGGUCGUCCUGCUCCAGGCCAGUUCAAUGAUGAUGGGAUUCCGGACCUUCUAAUCCAGCAGUCCGUUUCUCCUGGAGUCAGAAAGGUCCAGGUGAUUGAUGGUGCAAGUGGGCGUGGUCUGUGGGAGGCUGAGUUUGCGUGUCCGCAGCUGGAAUUGGAGGGCUCUACUCUCAUGACCACCUCUGGCCUCUCAGUUUUCCUUUUCUGGGCUGGUGACGUCCAACCCCUCAAGAACCUCACGAAAGCUACUGCUUCCCAAGGUGUGGCUCCAGCUAACCCAGUCCCCUGCAAACUGUACUUGCUGCACCCUGCCUAUCCCACAAUCCUGCUGGAGCUUACAAGCACCACGGAUACUGUGCUCAUAGCUGCAGUUAGUUACCAAGAGCAGCAGAAAGAUGCUUCCUACAUCACCGUCUCUGCUCGGCCUACUUCCACGCCAAAGGCUCAGGUGGUCAGAAGCCUGAGCCUGAGGGCCUCCAUUGCAGGAGGCAGAGUCCUGAGGCUGGGUGAGGAUAAAGGAGCUGGGGUGCCAGUCGGACCUGGAGCUUUCGAAAUUAACAAGUUCUUCAGGCAGCUCGCUUUUCGACAACUUCAGUGAGUGGAGGCUACCAUUUGAUCUCACAAGGAGCAACACGAACUUGCUAAAUGAAGUCUGAGGGGACCAAAACAUCUGGGCCGAAGAGCAAUAUAGGUCCCAUUUGGUGAAGGAGAGUUACAGAGGCUCAUUUUCACUGUUUACAUUUCCAUUCUUUUUUUUGUCCACAAAAUGUGAUUUUAAUUUACCUCAUGGUAAUGCAUUAAGAGAAAACAGGAAAGACUAUUAGUUUUAGUAGAAUUGUUUAGGCAUGCUUUUUAAAAGGUUUGUGUAGGUGUGGCUAUUUAUUUUUUUUUAAUGGCAAAGGCAUUUUAUUUAUAAGGCACAUAACACACUACUGGCCAAGCCCUUACAUGUGCACAAAAAGAACAUCGACGGGACAUUGUAAAUAUUUCUGAAACUUUGCAGUUGAUGCACAUUUUAAUACAGUGUUGGAUUAGUCAGAUGCACACUUUCACACACACACAUGCACACAAGCACACACACACAGGUUGAAACACUGAUACAGAAAGAGGUAGGGUGGGCAAGAUAAACCACUAACAAGGGAACAUUGUGCCUUCCAGUUGUGCCCUGACUAAUAUGGCAUUUCUCUGACUUUGCAGAUUUGCAGUUAUUUACCUUAAAGGGUCAUUGCCCCAGUUUCUCAUGCUCACACAGCAUUGUGUGCUUACAGUAUAACAGUAGAUCUUUGUUAUUAUUGGCAUCUCCCCUCUACUGUACAGCUGAGGUACAUAAUUGAUCAAGUAUGUAGAUAUUAAUAUUGCUGUACAGUAUUUAUUGUUUUGUCUGAUUUAUAGAGGGUAUGAUUGCCUUGGGCUAACAAAUAAUUAAAAUAGUCUUUGAAAAUAAUAAGCAUAUUGCAUUGCUGGGCUAAGUACGGUAUGUUUAUUUGUUCUGUAAAUAUUACUAGAGGUACUUGUAAAUAACACAAAUAAUGAUAUGCUGGAACAAACUGAGAUGAUACCACAAAACAAUAAACCGUGUUUUAGGAUGUUACACCUUGCCUGAAUAAAGAUCGUUGUGUGUGUUUACCAA